UUCUUUAUGCAAUUUCUUGGUAACAUCCAGCAUUGCAGAUCAGAUACUCCAAAGACUUAGACUGAGACUCUGACGCCAACAUGUUGUUGUUCCUCUGCUUGUUUGUUCUCACUCUGGGUGCUGUGUCUCCAUCAGAUGUCCAUCCAGUGAAGCUACAGCGCGGCAACUGUCCCAUGUUCUGGUGGAGCUUCAACGGCCGCUGCUACAAGUACAUCGCAACACGUAUGACCUGGAUUGAUGCAGAACUCCACUGUGUGUCACAGGGAGCCAACUUGGCGGCUAUCCACAGUGUGGAAGAACAUAAAUUUGUCAAUUCCCUGAUCAAGAACUUUGACCCUGCACAAGGAUUUAGCUGGAUUGGAAUCAACGACAUUCAGAAAGAAGGAGGAUGGAUGUGGUCUGAUGGGUCUGCAGUUGACUUUGUCUUUUGGAAUGCAGCACAACCAGACAACGAUGAAGGAGAUGAACACUGUGGACACACAAACUCUGGCCCAAAUUUUAAAUGGAACGAUUAUCCGUGUUCUUUGCUGUUUACUUCUGUUUGUGAAACUCGCUUAGUUUGUCCUUAGCAAGACGUUUUUUCUGAUUCAACUCAUAAACUGCAAGCUAAAGAUACAAAUCUGCAUGUCUAUUCAGACAAAAGUAAUUUAAUCAGGUUUCAUUUUCAUGUGUCGUUUAAUUGUCUAAAAUAUUUCUUUUUUCCUUAAUGACCCAUAGAAAAUGUUAUAGAUUUAGCAGAAAAGGUAAUUUAACUGUUCAAAAUAAUGAAUAGAAAAAAUGCUAUUCAGAUGUAACUCAUGAAUAAAAGUAUUCUCUG